CUCGAGCGUGCACCGCCUCUUGGCACCCGGCCUCCCCCGCGCGCGCGCGCACAGUGGUUCCGCCCGACCCCCGGCUCAUUGUGCCUUCUCCUCACGCCGGCCCAAGAUGGCGGUGGCGCUAUACUCCCCGGGCCUGUGACUCCUACAAAGAGGGGAACCGGGGGCUGCCCGGGAGCGGCGGCCGAGGAGCACGCCGGGCUCUCAGUCGUCGGCGUUCGGUCCUCGUCCGCCAGCCUCCCGCCCGCCCGGCCUCCCGCCGCGGCCCCGCCCCUCCCCCAACCGCCCGCCUAGCAUGGUGCGGCCGCACGCGCCGACAUGGGCGAGAAGCUGGAGCUGAGGCUCAAGUCGCCCGUGGGUGCCGAGCCCGCCGUCUACCCCUGGCCGCUGCCGGUCUACGAUAAGCACCAUGAUGCUGCGCACGAAAUCAUUGAGACCAUCCGGUGGGUCUGUGAGGAAAUUCCAGAUCUCAAGCUGGCCAUGGAGAAUUAUGUACUGAUUGAUUACGAUACCAAAAGCUUCGAGAGCAUGCAGAGACUUUGUGACAAGUACAACCGUGCCAUCGACAGCAUCCAUCAGCUGUGGAAGGGCACCACGCAGCCCAUGAAGCUGAACACACGGCCAUCCAAUGGGCUCCUGCGGCACAUCCUGCAGCAGGUGUACAACCACUCAGUGACUGACCCUGAGAAACUCAACAACUACGAGCCCUUCUCCCCUGAGGUAUAUGGGGAGACCUCCUUCGACCUAGUGGCCCAGAUGAUUGAUGAGACCAAGAUGACUGAGGACGACCUGUUUGUGGACCUGGGCAGUGGUGUGGGGCAGGUUGUCCUCCAGGUCGCUGCAGCCACCAACUGCAAACAUCACUACGGAGUGGAGAAAGCUGACAUCCCAGCCAAGUACGCUGAGACCAUGGACCGAGAGUUCAGGAAGUGGAUGAAAUGGUAUGGAAAAAAGCAUGCAGAAUACACACUGGAACGAGGUGACUUCCUCUCAGAGGAGUGGAGAGAGCGCAUCGCCAACACGAGUGUUAUAUUUGUGAAUAACUUUGCCUUUGGUCCUGAGGUGGAUCACCAGCUGAAGGAGCGAUUCGCAAACAUGAAGGAAGGUGGUAGAAUCGUGUCCUCGAAGCCCUUUGCACCACUCAACUUCAGAAUAAACAGCAGGAACUUGAGUGACAUCGGCACCAUCAUGCGUGUGGUGGAGCUGUCACCACUCAAGGGUUCUGUGUCGUGGACUGGGAAGCCGGUCUCCUACUACCUACACACCAUUGACCGCACUAUACUUGAAAACUAUUUUUCUAGUCUGAAAAAUCCAAAACUCAGGGAGGAACAGGAGGCUGCCAGGCGCCGGCAGCAGCGAGAGAGUAAGAGUAGUGCAGCCACACCCACCAAGGCCCCUGAGAGCAAGGCAGCUGAGGCCCCCACGGACUCUGGUGCUGAGGAAGAGAAGGCGGGCAUGACCACUGUCAAAAAGCCAUCUCCCUCCAAAGCCCGGAAGAAGAAACUGAACAAGAAAGGGAGGAAGAUGGCCGGCAGGAAGCGUGGGCGCCCCAAGAAGAUGAGUACUGCAAACCCCGAGAGGAAGCCUAAGAAGAGCCAAGCCACACUGGACCUCCUGCAGCCUGCGGCCCCAACUGAUGCUACUUCACCCCAGGAUGCAUACAGGGCACCGCACAGCCCCUUCUACCCGCUACCUCCUAGCACGCAUCUGCACUCCCCCAACCCACUGCUGGUGGCACCCACCCCGCCUGCGUUGCAGAAGCUGCUAGAAUCCUUCAAGAUUCAGUACCUGCAGUUUCUGGCGUACACAAAGACCCCACAGUACAAGGCCAACCUGCAGCAUUUGCUGGACCAGGAGAAGGAGAGGAACACACAGCUGCUAGACACAGCUCAGCAGCUCUUUGGCCAUUGCCAGGCCCAGAAGGAAGAGAUCCGACGGCUGUUCCAGAAGAAGCUGGAUGAGCUGGGUGUGAAGGCGCUGACCUACAACGACCUGAUCCAGGCACAGAAGGAGAUCUCAGCCCACAACCAGCAGCUCCAGGAGCAGUCGGAACAACUACAGAGAGACAACAGCCAGCUUCGGAGUCAGAGCCUGCAGCUGCUCAGGGCCCGCUGUGAGGAGCUGAAGCUGGACUGGUCCACGCUGUCACUGGAGAACUUGCGCAAGGAAAAGCAGGCAUUGCGGACCCAGAUCUCCGAGAAGCAGCGGCACUGCCUGGAGUUGCAGAUCAGCAUUGUGGAGCUGGAGAAGAGCCAGCGGCAGCAGGAGCUCCUGCAGCUCAAGUCCUCUGUGCCAUCUGAUGACACCCUGUCCCUGCAGCUGCGCAGCAAGGGUGUCCUGGGCCGGGAGCUGGACACUGAUGGGCGGCUACGCCUUGAGCUGGACUGUGCCAAGAUUUCCCUGCCACACCUCAAUAGCAUGAGCCCCGAGCUCUCCAUGAAUGGCCAUGCCGUAGGCUAUGAACUCUGCACCACGGCCAGCCGGCCAUCAUCCAAGCAGAAUACGCCCCAGUACCUGGCCUCACCUUUGGACCAGGAGGUGGUGCCCUGCACCCCCACCCACAGCGGCCGGCCUCGGCUAGAAAAGCUGUCUGGCUUGGCCUUGCCUGACUAUACCCGGCUAUCACCUGCCAAGAUUGUGCUGAGGCGGCACCUGAGCCAGGACCAUGCUGGGGCUAGCAAGGCAGCCACCAGUGAGACACACCCCCGAGUGGAGCAUGCCAAGGAGAACAGCCUUCCCUACCAGAGCCCUGGCCUGUCCAGCAGCACAAAGCUGAGCCCCCAGGACCCUCGGCCCACCUCCCCUGCAGCAUCACCCCUUACCACUGAGAAGAGCAGUGAGAAGGUCUGGGUGACAUGCAUCGUCUGUCGGCAGGGUGUGAAGGAGCGCACCUACAGCAGCCAUGGGGAGACCAUCACCAGCCUGCCCAUCAGCAUCCCACUCAGCACCGUGCAGCCCAAUAAGCUCCCCGUCAGCAUCCCACUGGCCAGUGUGGUGCUGCCUAGCCGUGCCGAGAGGGCUAGGAGCACUCCCAGCCCUGUGCCGCAGUCCCGAGACGCCUCAUCCACACUUGAAAAGCAGAUUGGUGCUACCACACACAGUGCAGGGGCCAGCACAGCUGGGAGCAGGAGCCUUACCCUGGCGCCCACAGGCUUCUACUCUGGCUCAGUGGCCAUCAGUGGAGCCCUGGCCAGCAGCCCAGCACCUCUGGCCUCUGCAGAAGCAGCCUCCUUUGAGGACUCCUCUGGUGCUGGCAGCCUCUUCACCACCGUGGGAUCUCGCAGCACAACACCACAGCACCCACCUCUGCUAGUGCAACCCCGAAACUCUGGCCCUGCCUCUCCCGCCCACCAGCUCUCUUCCAGUCCCCGCCUGAGUGUGGCCAUCCAGGGCCCAAUGCCUGACACCACCAAGGGGGAGCUACCUUCUGAAGCCAUCUUAGACCCUGAGAGUGAAGCCAAGAGGAGGGUCAUGUUCACCAUCACAGUUGGCACUGGUGGCUCAAAGCAGUCGCCCUCCACCAGGCACAGCCCCUUGACCUCUGGCAGCCGUGGGGACAGUGGACAGAGCCAUGGGCAGGACAGCCGCAAGCGCAGCAGGAGGAAGCGUGCGUCAGCUGGAACCCCCAACCUCAGUGCGGGUGUGUCCCCCAAACGCCGAGCCCUGCCAACCGUUGCUGGUCUCUUCACACAGUCUUCAGGGUCCCCCCUCAACCUCAACUCCAUGGUCAGCAACAUCAACCAGCCCCUGGAGAUCACCGCCAUCUCAUCCCCUGAGAACUCACUGAAGAGCUCCCCCAUCCCCUACCAGGACCACGACCAGCCCCCGGUGCUCAGGAAGGAGCGGCCUCUAGGCCAGACCAAUGGGGCCCACUACUCACCACUGACCUCAGAUGAGGAACCAGGCUCCGAAGAUGAACCCAGCAGCACUCGAAUCGAGAGAAAAAUUGCAACAAUCUCCUUAGAAAGCAAGUCUCCUCCGAAGACGCUGGAAAAUGGUGGUGGCCUGGUGGGACGGAAGCCAAGCGCCAGUGAGCCUGUAAACAGCAGCAAGUGGAAAUCUACUUUCUCACCCAUCUCUGACCUGGGCUUGGCCAAAUCCGUGGACAGCCCGCUGCAGGCCGGGCCUGCCCUGACCCAGAACUCCCUGUUCUCCUUCCGGCCAGCCCUGGAGGAGCCCACUGCUGAGCCCAAGCUCUCCACCCACCAGAGGAAGACCUUCGCUGGCUCCCUGUCUGCAGUGGAUGGGCUGAGCCCAGGGGCCAACCCUCCCAAUGGCCUGGCCUUCAGCUCAGGUCUGGCUACCGACCUCAGUUUACACAGCUUCCACGAAGGUGCUUCUGUCCCUCACAAGGGCCCUGAGGCCUCGCUGAGCUUCCCCUCACAGCGGGGCAAGGAUGGUGCCCCAGAGGCCAACCCCUUCCUCAGCAAGCGGCAGCUGGAGGGCCUGGGUGGCCUGAAGGGUGAGGGCAGCUUGGGCAAGGAGCCAAAUGAGGGCCUGCCCCUGUGCGGGCCUGUGGACAAGGCUGUGCUGCCCCACAGCAACAGGGCUGGCAAGGGCCGAGACCGCGAGCUGGACUUCAAGGGCGGCCACAACCUCUUCAUCUCUGCUGCAGCUGUGCCUCCGGGUGGCCUCCUUGGCACCCCCAGCCUUGUGACCGUGGCCACCUCUGCAGGCAGUGCAACACCUGCUGCCCAGGCACACCGGCCCUUCCUGAGCACCUUCACACCUGGGCCCCAGUUCACCCUGGGCCCAAUGUCCCUACAGGCCAACCUGGGUUCAGUGGCUGGCUCAUCUGUGCUUCAGUCUUUGUUCAGCUCUGUGCCAGCUGCAGCGGGCCUGGUGCAUGUGUCAUCUGCUGCAACCCGACUGACCAACUCACACACCAUGGGCAGCUUCUCCGGUGUGGCUGGCGGAACCGUUGGAGGUAACUAGGAUUCCUACCUCAACCGCGACUAUGCAAGGACGGGCGGACCAAUCUGCUGCCGGUACCCGCGCCAAGCCCAAGACGCGGGAGCGCCACUGUGAAUCAGCAGCACCGCAGGAGGUGCUGGACUGGUCCAGUUUGUACUGUCGGUAGUUUUAGAUAAAGUAUUUAUCAUUUUUUAAAAGUAUAAGCAAUUCUGACUUAUUUUAUUCCACCGAAGUCGUCCAAGGCAGCCUCAUGAGACUCAAGUGUCUGUGAGUUUGUAGAUUUGGCCUGUGGGACUGGCCGCCAGAGGACGCCGACGACUCCGCCGGUGCUAUCGCCUCCAGGCCGUACUGCUCCACCUCCCUGGGUGCUGAGCCACCAAACAGUUCUCAGAUACCUGCCGAUCCCAUACCAAAGGCGCAUCCAAUGGGGCUGCACUGCCUGUGGUCACUGUGAACUCCCAGCUGUCAACCGUGGCUUUGGGCAUGCCUUGGCAGGGGCGGGUGGGCAUGGGUGCCUGGGGCCCAGCUGGCUGCAUGGUGCUGACACAGCAGAGGCUCGUGGCUUGGGUGACAAGUGCAUUUACUUUUGUAUUCCUUUGCUUUUCUGGCUCUAGGCACGCUGGCCAGGUGACACAGGGCUGGCCCACUGCAGGUCCCCUGGCAUAUGUGUAUAAGAGGGUCACAUGGAUGUGACGAUAUUUUAUAGAGAUGUGAUGAAAAUUUAUAAAUUUCAUAGAUUUGACUGCAUUUAUUUUUAGAUUGUAUAAUGCACAGUGAACUUAAGUGAGGAAGAAAAAUCCUUUAUUUAUUCAAAUGCACAAAAAAAUGGCACUGGCCUGGGACCCUGCAGGAGUGCAGCCCAGACAUGCUGGGCUACCCAGGGCCUCUGGUCACUGCAUCUGUGCAGGUCCCCAAGGCUGCUAUGGGUGCUUCAGGCCUGCCUUGUGUCCCUGAGCAGCCUCCUGAUGCUGAGGACAGUGUGCUGAGUGUGGCCAGAGGGGUGGGUCCUGACUGACCUCCAGGCCUGCAGUUGGGGAUCAGGGAGGGGCGCAUGCCCAUAGCAGCCUGGCCUCAGGACCCACCCCUCCCAUGCUGAAGAUGGUGCUGGUGCCUCUCCCCUCCCUCCUCCCCUCCCACCUUGUUGGUGCUCUCCCUGGGUCUGUAGGUGCUGUGCCCCUUGUCUGCGUCUGCCACAGCUGUCUAGGGCACCCCUGGUGGCUGCUAGCAAAGUUAGCAAGUCCCCAGCCUGGAACUAAACACUUGAGUGAACACUGUACACACCACCUGCCACCCAGGCAGCUGCUGCUCCCCUGCCCCCUCCACCCUACCUGAGUGUUGGGGGCAGACACUGCUACGAGGCCCCCACAUCCCAGUGCCAGGCCACAGGUGCUCCCAGGCACAACCACAAGUCCCCUCCUAAGCCCACAGGGGACAGGCAGAACCCACAGUAAACUCACCAUGGUGCAUGGUGCCUCCAGGUAUUGAGGCUGACCUGGCCAGCACUAGGCUGCCUCAGCGGUCCCUGCCAUGCUACUUGGGGCCAUGGGGGCUUGAGCUCAGGAACUGACAGGAAGCCCUUUGGACUGGGACCCACUCCCACACUAGCCCACUCAUGGGGACAGUUUAAUACUCUUACCCUGAACAGUUCUUCUUGCUGUCCAACUUUCAGUUGUAACUCGCAGCUUGGCUUUGUCUUGCAAUGACCUCUAUACUUAAAGGUGUGUUGUUCUGUCCCCUGGUCCCCCCAGGGUGUCCACUGUUGUUGCCACCUCUACACGAUGUAAUAAAAACCGUUUUCACUUGAA